AUGACAUCUAUCAGCAGUGAAGUAAAUACAAAUAAACUUAAGUUUAGUGUGGACAGUAUUUUGGGAAAUAAUGAGACUUCAAGUGCGAAUUCAGUUGCGGAAGUGUCGCGGACCCAGGAGCCUCCUUGUGCUGGGUGCGUAGCAGCUCUAUAUCGGUGCUGCAGGGACGAACCUCCCCUUUUGCAACUGCCGCUCUCUGUUCCCUAUGCGCAUUUACAUCCAGCUUUAAGACCAACGACUGUAUAUCGACUGCCCAUUCCAAGAGCAUCACCGCCUCAACAACAGUCUGCACCUCGCUGCGACGUAACGUCCAGCGGAAAACGUAAGCGCUCUUGGUCGCGAGCUGUGUUUAGCAAUCUACAGAGGAAGGGUCUGGAACGACGCUUUCAGAUACAAAAAUAUAUUACGAAACCCGACAGGCGGCAACUGGCGGCUACUCUAGGACUAACUGAUGCUCAGGUGAAGGUGUGGUUUCAAAAUCGACGUAUGAAAUGGCGGCACACGAAAGAAGGUCGUGCAGGUCUCGGAGGAGCUAUGGGCGCGAUGAAAGAUCCAGAUUCUUCAAACAUUGCCUACGACGACAAUGAAGAUGUGGACGUCGACACACUUAGUGAUUAA